GGAGAAAUUAAAUAUUGGGAGGCAGAAUGCCUUAAGAUUGACUCUGCAAACAAAAAGGUUUUAUGUCGUUCCAACAUUAACAACAACUUAGUGGGAGAUGAUGAUUUUUCUUUGGAUUAUGACUUCUUGGUUGUAGCAAUAGGGGCACAAGUAAACACAUUCAACACCCCUGGUGUCAUCGAGAAUUGUCAUUUUCUUAAGGAGGUAGAGGAUGCUCAGAAGAUCAGACAGACUGUGAUAGAUUGCUUUGAGAAGGCUGUGCUUCCAUCUCUUUCUGAGGAAGAACGAAGGACGAAUCUACAUUUUAUAGUUGUUGGAGGGGGUCCAACUGGUGUGGAAUUUGCAGCUGAGCUUCAUGAUUAUGUCCAAGAGGAUUUAGUCAAUUUAUACCCAUCUGUGAAAGAUAAGGUGAAGAUAACAGUGAUUCAAUCAGGAGAACACAUCUUGAACACGUUUGAUGAAAGAAUUAGUUCAUUCGCGGAGCAUAAGUUUCGAAGAGAUGGUAUAGAAGUUCAAACUGGAUGCCGAGUUGUGAAUGUUAAUAACAAGGAAAUCACAGUAAAAGUGAAAUCAACAGGAGAGUUCUGCUCUGUACCCCAUGGAUUGGUUGUAUGGUCCACUGGAAUUGCAACUCGUCCAAUUGUGAGAGAUUUUAUGGAACAAAUUGGUCAGGGUAAAAGGAAUGUCCUAGCAACGGAUGAGUGGUUGCGAGUGAAGGGAUGUGAAUCUGUGUAUGCUAUUGGUGAUUGUUCUUCAAUAAAUCAACGUAAAAUCAUGGAUGAUUGCUUGGCCAUUUUUGAAGCCGCAGACAAGGACAAAUCAGGCACCUUAAGUAUUCAAGAAUUCAGGGAUGUGAUAGAUGACAUUAUCUUAAGAUAUCCGCAAUUGGAAGUCUAUAAGAAGAGUCAACAUCUGUUUGAUUGGUCUGUUCUGUGGAAAGAUUCCCAAGGAACUGCUAAGGAAGAAAUAGACAUUGAAGAGUUUAAGAUGGCCUUUUUUCAUGUGGAUUCACAGUUGAAGAGUCUUCCAGCAACCGCACAG